AAACUUCGUUCGCUCUUCCAUCCCAUUGGUUACUUCUAAAGCCGGCUCGGCUUGUGUUUACAUCAACAAGCAAGCGAGAUGACUGAAAUGAAAUUUUCUUCUGAAAUUGUUUAAAAUCGAAAAUCGUUGACUGACGUGCUGUGAAUGGCAGGCCCUCAAAACAUGUACCCAGGAGGAGGGGGUGGGUACCCCAACCCCCAGCAGCAAGGCGGGAUGAGACAGCCUUUCCCAGGGGCCGGAGGGAACGUCGGAAUGAUGAACCCAGCCCAACAAGGAAUGAUGGGACAACAAGGUUUCGGACAGAUGGGACCCCAGAUGGGAAAUCAAAUGGGCAACCCAAUGGGCGGACAAAUGCCAGGUCAAAUGCCUAACCAAAUGCAGCAAAUGCAACAGCAGAUGGUAAUGCAGCCUCAAAUGCAGCCUCAGAUCCAACCCCAAAUGCAGCAAGGAAUGCAAAUGCAGCAGCAACAGGCUAUGCAGCAACAAAUGCAGCAAAUGCAGAUGAACCAACAAGGAAUGGGUGCUGUCGGAGGAGUGAUGCCCCCACAACAAAUGGCUCCUCAACCUCCACAGCAGCCUAUGCAACCAGUUCAACCACCCCAGCAGCAACAGCAGGGUGUCACCACCCCUCAGCAAACGCCGCCCCAGCCUCCUACGCCUGCUCAGCAAUCCCAGCCUAAAGACUUAAACACAGCCAUGCUUUGCAGGUUGGGCCAAGAGACGGUGCAUGACAUCGUCUCCAGGACUCAAGAGUUAUUCUCAGUAUUGAAAUCUAUUCAACCUCCUAAUGGCACUCCUCAAGGUCAGUCCUCAAGCAAUGACAAGAAAAAUAAGGCACAGGAACAAUUGAAAUCACUUAGGAUCCUAUUUAAAAGACUUCGCGUGAUUUACGACAAGUGCAAUGACAACUGUCAAGGAAUGGAAUAUACACAUAUAGAGAGUCUCAUUCCAUUGAAAGAUGAGUGGGAUAUGAAGUCUGAUGAAAAGAAAACUUCGGAAGUUUACAAGCAGAGCUGCGAGGAGCAAAAUGAAAUUGUGGAGCAAGUUAUGCUUAAAAACAAACAACUUAAAGAAGUUAUUGACAACAUGAGGAAAAUAAUUUGGGAGAUCAAUACUAUGCUUGCAAUGAGACGCUCGUGAAUGAUUGCAAUCUUUCUUAUUUAUAUUUGAAGACACCACACUUUUUAAUGUUCCAUUGUUUGUUUUAAAUGCAGAGAAUUUAAACUAUCACUGUAUACUAAAAAAAAAUUGUUCUCUAAAAAAGCAAAAACUCUUUAAGGUGAAAAGCUUCUUUUUUAAUUAAACUUGAAACUUUCUACUAUAAUUUAUAGGAAAAACAAGAUAAGUAGCAAAAAGAAUAAGAAACUUAAUAAAGCUGAGGAAU